AUGCUUGUUACUUACUCGUUAACGAUUCGUCGUUUACAAUUAGAAGCAGCGAAAUGCUUCGCAGAUCCAGAUGAUCAUCUAAUGAUCAAGCCAAAGAAAUCCGACGGAUUGCGUCGACAUCAAUCCGCAACCCAACGACGUCCAUUAUCAUAUCCGCGAAAGAACGUUGUUUCCAGGGAAGCAUCGAGUUCAACAUCCGCGUCACUUCGAACACCAACAGUAGUUGACACUGAUGACAAAAAAAAUCAUCAUCAGCAAUGUCCGAUAUCUCCGAUUCAAGCCGUUCCGACAUCGAAUACACAACAGCGAUCGUUUCUUCACAAUACUUUGGUACAGAAAGCUGUCCAUGCAUUCAAAGGUGGAUCAGAAACAACCAGUGAACGUCGUGCAAUAAAAGUUCUCGGCAUAGUUUUCUUCGUCUUUCUUAUUGCAUGGCUUCCCUUCUCGAUUUUGAAUAUCCUCUCGGCUGUCUGUCCAUCAUGUGGUGUCCAAGCAUCUUUAUUAAAUCUAACAAGUUGGCUUGGUUAUAUUUCAUCGAAUCUCAAUCCCAUCAUCUAUACAGCAUUCAACGUCCGAUUUCGUCGAGCUUUUAUUUCCAUAUUGACUUGUCAACCGAAUUAUUUCUCACAGAAACGUAAAGGAAAUAAUCAAUACGUAUUUGUAGCAACAAAUAAUCAACAAGCAAUUCUAGCCGAUCAAGAACAGUUCUUUUUCCCGUCGCGUCGUUCUGCUAAGGAACGACGAUCGUUACGGAAGAAUUUUCCAUAA